UCAAAAGCAAUCAUCCUCCCUGCUGUUUCUUCCGGGCCGCUCAGACUCUGAACUACACCAUGAAGUUGUGGUUGUCAAACACUCUUUGGUUAAUGUUUUCACCGCUUGACAGAUCAGACUGACCUCCAGCUAUCCUCCCCUAACUUACUGUGGUGAAUUCCGUUUUUAAUCGUGUUCUAACCGGAAACUCUCGCGCAGAGAUGUCAAACAACGGCGGUUCGGCUGUCGGCCUUCUGUCCUACGAGACGUUGGUUCAUGCGGUGGCAGGUGCGACGGGGAGUGUGACGGCCAUGAGCGUGUUCUUUCCUCUGGACACGGCCAAAAGCAGAUUGCAGGUGGAUGAGAAGCGGAGGUCUCGCUCCACCCCUGUCAUUCUGGCUGAGAUAGCAAAAGAAGAGGGCUUCCUAUCUCUGUACAGAGGCUGGUUUCCAGUCAUUUCCAGCCUCUGCUGCUCCAACUUUGUUUACUUCUACACCUUCAAUGCACUGAAGAAGGUGGCGGCAGCUGGACCAGGCAAACCCAGACCAAGCAAAGACCUGCUGAUGGGGGUUGUUGCUGGGGUUGUGAACGUGCUCCUGACCACGCCCAUGUGGGUGGUCAACACUCGUCUGAAACUGCAGGGGGUGAAAUUCAGAGACGAGGAUCUCCAUCAGACUCAUUACAGAGGCAUAUUCGAUGCUUUUUCACAGAUCAUUGCCAACGAAGGAGUAGGAACACUGUGGAACGGCACUCUGCCGUCUCUCAUCCUCGUCCUCAACCCGGCUGUGCAGUUCAUGUUUUAUGAAGCCUUGAAGAGGAAAGCAGGAAAGGGAGGGAAGAAGAUAUCCUCAGCACAGAUUUUUCUCAUUGGAGCCAUUGCCAAGGCCGUUGCUACCACGGUAACAUAUCCUCUACAGACAGUUCAAGCCAUCCUGAGGUUCGGCCAGUACAAAGGUGACGGUAAAGGCGGUCUGAUGGGCAGCCUCUCCAACAUUUUCUUCCUCUUCAUGGACAGAAUCAGGAAUCACGGUGUUCUUGGUCUGUACAAAGGCCUGGAGGCCAAGCUGCUGCAGACGGUGCUGACUGCCGCCCUCAUGUUUGUCGUCUACGAGAAGAUCACUUCUGCUACUUUCAAAGUCAUGGGUCUGAAUAAGAAAAUGAAGCACUGAGAGCUGCUGUUUGAACACAUCAAUGCACUUUUCAGCAGAUUUGGUCUGUGUCUACAGAUGAUGUGCAGUGAGUAAUGCUUGUUGAAGUCUUCAGCAUGUUCUAAUAAGGGCAGACAAUUAAAAUCAGGGGCAUUGCCUUAACAGCUUUGAUCUAUGCUAGAAAAGUUCCUUCUUUUUGUCGGUUUCCAUAAAUCUAUUUUAACUGGGCAUUUAUUUCAUUUAAACAGCUGAAACACAGGUGGUUAUUAUUUUGCAUUUAAUUAUUAACCAGUAAAACUGUUUCCGCCCUUUUCCCAGACUCUAGGUUUUACAUUAAAGAAUUGAACUUGCACUGAUUUUUAACUUAAAUCUUGAUUUAAAAAAAACUAAAAACGUAAGAGAUUUGUGAUCAUUACAUUUAGCCUGAAUCACUGGUGCCAUUCCAUAAACUCUUAAGUGUGAACUGCAGCCCGAUUUUGGAGAAAUAUAACCCAUCUGUCAGUUCUUGCACCUUGAAUCGACUUAAACAUUUACUGAUGUGUGGAAUUGUUAAAGAUAUGAAUCAAAAGCUUCAUCUGAUGCCAAGCGGACCUUCAGUCCUAGCAAGACAAUGUUUCACUGUGGCUGAUAGUUGACGCCAAACAUGGCUCUGAGUUAUUCCUAGAAAAUGUUUACUGCACUCAACUUUCAGCAUUCAAGUCACCUUUUUUUUUUUAAAAAAGGUUUGUUUAUCAGAUGACAAUAUUUUUGCUGGCUUUGCCAGCUGAUGUGCUCCAAAGGCUGAGAUCUGCAGCUACUUUGGUUUUGAGACCAAUCACGUUUUCUGAGAAACAACCAGGCCUUUCCUUUUUUUUUUUUCUUUUUUAAUACCCAUACCUAAAAGAAUACUGUUUCUUAUCAGAUCACCUCUGUUUACCUUUAAUUUGACUCACUUGUACAAAUUGGGUCAGUUAAUUUCAUAAUGAAUAAAGAUGCAUUAGGACAAAAGUUACACUUCAUCACUGAUGUCACUUAUUGUCCCACCCUGGAAUUGUACUUAAAAUGUUUACAGAAGUAUUUUGUAAAUGUUAAGAGACUUGUCUUUAUAUCAUUUUACUAAUUUACAAUGGUUUUUGAAUUUUUUUUUUUCUUUAAAUGAACUUCUCUUUUUUAUGACUGUCACCACAGAACAAUAAAGCUUAAGGAACAGAAAAA